GACCACAUCUCUACGUGCGAUCUAACUCUACUUCUCAUGGAGCUGACCGGCCUUCCACAGACCUUGACUGCGUCAUCAUAUAUUGUUGCAUCGGUCGUGACCCUAUUAGCGGGCUAUCUAGCCUCUGUGGCGACCUAUCGCCUCUUCUUCUCACCCCUCAGCAACAUUCCUGGGCCAUGGUUCGCAGCUGUCUCCGACUUCUCGCUCACCACCCACGUCGCGCGACUGCAACAAUGCAUGGUCGUGGACACGCUCUUCAAGAAGUACGGUCCCAUCGUGCGUAUUGGGCCGAACCGUGUUGCUUUCAAGGACAUGGCCGGCGUGAAGAACGUUUAUUCUGUAUAUAAGUUCGAUAAGGCACCGUCCUACCUCAAGAUGAGGAGCACAGACGAUGCGGAUCAAGCAAUGACCUUCCUCGACGCAGCUGCUCACGGUGCACGACGCAAGACAUGGGGGUCUCACUAUACUGUGGGACAUCUGGCCAAAUUCCAACCCGACAUGCAGGAUGCCGCGCAUCAACUUAUCGAGGCUACUGCUUCCUUCGGCGGCAAACGCCCAAUCGACUGCUUGGUACUAUUCCGCCACUUCACUAUCGAGAUCAUCAUGGCGACCAUGUAUGGUUGCCGUCUCAAUGCACUUAAGAGCUGGAGUGCAGGAGUAGAGGUUCCGAUAUGCGAGGCUAUAGGGCAUUUUCCGCUAGCAAUCACUUUGCGCGGCGCCGUCCCUGAUUGGUUAUGGAAACUGGCCUGUCGCAUCCCUCAUCGCGGGUGGCAGAAAAUAUGCAGUUCGGGUAACGCAAAUCUUGAGUUCACUCGCAAGCACCUGAAGGAUCUCCGUCAGGUCGUAGAUUCGGGGAAGGAUGUAGACGAUGAGAAGAUCCCCAUGGUCCUCCGUCUGCUGCGAUACCGCGAUCCUGCCACGGGAUUACCGGCUUUGCAAGACAAGGACAUUGUCGCUGAAGUCCUUGGGCACACGAUUGCGGGCACAGACACUACGGCAAUUACCUUGUCGUACUUCUGCUGGGAGCUCGGUCGGCAACCAGACAUCGUCAAGAAGCUUCGCGCGGAGCUUGACGGUGUCAUGCACGACUCGAUGGAUGUGCCAGAUAUUGCCACCCUGCAAACGUUGCCCUACCUGAAUGCAUUCUUGAAGGAAGGUCUCCGCAUCUACGGCGCUGCUCCCAGUCUGCUAGAGCGGGAGACGCCGUCCGAGAAGGAGCCAUUCAGCAUUGCUGGGUACACGAUACCGGCGCACACAAUUGUGGCCGCGCAGGCAUGGAGCCUCGGUCGUGAUCUCGCUGUCUUUCACGAGCCAGAAAGUUCGACCCAGAGCGCUGGUUAGAGGGCGACUCCACCGCGAUGAACGCGCAGCUCUUCCCCUUUGGCUUCGGCACCCGCGUCUGCGCUGGCCAGCAUCUCGCGCAAAUUAUGAUGCGGAUGGGUUUGGCUGCAAUCGUCCGGAACUAUGACAUUGAGAUUCCUCCCGAGACGACGGAGAGGUCGAUGGCGAUAUGUGAUGCAUUUGUCAUCUUUCCAGCGAGUAUGGCUUGCAAGGUGA